AUGAGAGACACGCCGAUAUCAUCGACAAUUGUAUUUGGAAACACCGUAAAAGACAUGGCUUUCCAUAGCCUGAGUCCGUCUCCACCGCCCACAUCCUCCUCUUUUAUCGAAAACGAAGCUAUUCCAAACGAAAUCUACUCGAUAUUGGCCCAACAUCCUAUCUUUGCCAAUAUUCACGACGAGAACUUCUUGCAACAGUUGGCUACUGUCAUGCACCCGAGGUUUGUCGCUCCGGGCGAUAUGAUUGUACGUGAAGGAGAUGAAGCUAGAUCCAUGUUCUUCGUCAUCAAGGGGGUUGUGCAAGUCCAAAGUGGCGAUGGAGAAGUCGUCUUUGCUGAGCUAGGACGCUCUCAAUUCUUUGGUGAAAUCGCUCUACUUUUCAGUGUCAAUCGGACGGCUACUGUCUGUGCAAAGACAAAGUGUGUUCUUGCACGACUGAGCUCAGAGGAACUACAAAACAUACUGGAAAAGUUUCCAGAUGUGGCAACGGCAAUCAACAAUGAAGCACAAAAGAGAUUUGCUGAUUUGUUGAGUGAAAUGGAACGAGCUGGAAAACGUGUGCCGGAAAUCACUUUUGAAGGCAUGCAGGAGAAGAGGAAGCAAGAACGACACGUGUCAAAAUCUUCAAGUGCCAAAUCACUAGCACCUAGUCGACGAAAUAGUGAUUUAGAUAUCGGUAAUAUGUCAACUAGCCCAUCGAGAGAAUUCAUGUAUGCAAUGAACGUAGUUCACCAAGGUGAACUGACUGGUGAACGAAGCAUCCCAGCAGAACAGCCUCUGCACCAACAACUAUCAGCAUCGCACCUGCUCGACCAGAAGCCCAUAGUGGCCAGUACAAUAGUCAAGGAUCCAUUAGAGGAAUCAGAUCCAUCGAACGAUGACGUGUUUCGCAAUGCCAAUCCAGCAUUCAUGAUGCACGUAGCUCUACCCGAUAACGAAUAUGAUUAUUAUGACGAUGAUGAUGUCGAGCAAGAUCAAACCACAGACGAUGAAGUAGAAAUGUUUCCAAGUAAUUCAUCAGAAGACUCUUCGACCUCAAGUGCAGAAACGCCACCUGGAAGUAUACAAAUCCCACGACAAGCCAAUCCAAUGUUGAGUGCAUUUGCCUCGCAAAAUGGAGGUAGACGAAGAGCUUCUGUUGCUGUAUGGUCUGACGACAAGCUGAUGCAGCUUGCUGCAAAUAAAGGAGGCAGCAAUAGCAGUGGUGGUAGUAAUGAUGCAACCAAACGAAAAACGUGGGAUGGAGAUCAAUCACCAGCUACUCUGAAUCGUAAAAGGUUUGCUGAAAGUAUAGUGCAAGGCGAUGACUCUGAUGCAGAUGGUGCAGUAGAAGGACCAGGAUGUGUUUACGUCGAUGACAGAUAUGGCAUACUCGGAAAGUCUAUAAUGUCACGAAUACUCUCAUAUCUACCCUUCACGACCUUGUUUAGAAUACGCAGUCUGAACCGCCUCGUGUUUACAUUAAUCACAUCCACCGAACCAAACUACCGUAAUCUACUAUCCCAUAUCGACCUGAGUCCAUUCCAUAAACGUAUAAAUGACAAGAGUCUAUGUGAUGUGGCAUCAUACGCAAACACGUCCGUGACAUCACUAAAUAUGCGAAAUUGCUGGGCAGUAACAGAUAAGGGUCUCAUAAAAGCUGCAGCCUACAUGUCACAGCUGCAUGACCUGGUGCUUGCUUCCGUAUGGGAUAUAACAGAUGGCGGUCUGUUGUCUCUCGCCCGAUCAUGUCCCAACCUGACCUCAUUGGAUUUAUCAAACUGCCGUAAAAUAACAGACAAUGGGGUCUUGGCUGUCUUGUCUGCUUGUCCAGGUCUCACAAUCAUCACAUUAUCAUACUGUAAAAACCUCUCUGACUUGGUAUUGGAUCAUCCUCAAUGGCGUCGAGUAAGAAGACUAGACCUGCAAAGAUGUACAGGUAUCACCGAUGCUGGAUUCGAAAGAUGGAGACAUCCAUUUACAGCCGAACGGGAAUUGCAACAACGAAAUAGUAGUGCGCAUCACAAUGGUCACAACAACAGCAGCAAUAGUAGUAACAACCAUUCCAUCAACGGACACGUGAAUAGCAAUGAUAAUCCAACACCAUCCUCCCUCAGCAACUCGCACAUCAACAAACACCACAACCACCUCGACUUUGCCAUGGAAGAACUCUGUCUGGCCGACUGCUCCUUCCUAACCGACAACACUAUAACGUCCAUAUCUCUAUCAUGUCACUCCCUGAAGGUCUUGUCUCUGUCAUUCUGCUGUGCCCUCUCUGAAUCAUUCGCUACACCACUGGUUACAGGCUGUGCCGCGUUAGAAGAGCUCGAUAUGUCGUUUUGUGGUGGAGCUGUCACGGAUUCUGCUCUUCAAAUUCUGGGACGGGGAUUGAGUAGUAGUUUGGAUAAGCUGAGUAUCAGAGGGUGUAUCCAAGUCACUGAUUCUGGAUUAAAUGUGCUGGCUGAGCAUGCGCUGGCAUUGCGAAAGGUCAAUGUCUCGAAUUGCAAGUCUGUAUCCAAGGUCGGAACACGGCAUUGGGAACCUCUGAACCAAAGUAUAUUUUCGGGAGAGCGAAUCGAUAUAAAGAUCCAACGCCACUCUGUAGCUUGA